AUGUUCGCGGCAAAGUACCUCGGCCAGCAGAAUACGGCAUUUAAAUCAGGACACACAAAAGAACAAAAAUACAAGAAUGGAAGCUUGCGUCAGCGUAGACUUGAACACACAGCUUGUUUGACGGGUCUUGGUGCGUGGGUGUUGGUUGCAGCCGUCGUAGAAACGCAACCAGCUGGUAACCACGUCUGCCUUGACUUGGUGCGCGUGUGGUGCAUAGUCCUUGACAUUGAAAUGUUGACAGGUGUGUCAGUUGCUGUUAUUUGUAUGAUGUCGCUGCAGAAGUUGUCACCAACCACAACUAGACGUAUAUCGAGCUGUCAGGCAAUAUCAUCAGUAUCCGAUGCUGUUAAAGAACUGGUAGAAAAUGCCUUGGAUAGUGGAGCAUCUGCUAUUAACGUGAAGCUUGUUAAUUAUGGACUUGCCAGAAUUGAGGUGCAAGAUGAUGGCAGUGGAGUACCAUCUUCCGAUGUAGAACACAUGUGCUUGCCACAUUAUACGUCAAAAAUCAAAGAUUUUUCUGAUCUUGGUAGUAAGUUGGAAACUUAUGGAUUUCGGGGUGAAGCUUUAGCAUCAUUGUGUAAUAUAGCUGAUGUUGAGAUAACAACACGAACUCUAAAUGAUAAAUUUGCCUCUUGUUUCACGUUUGACAAAAAUGGAAAGAUUUUGGACAGUAAACCAUCACAUUUUAAGAAAGGGACUACAGUUGUAGUUUCAAACCUCUUUAGCAAUGUGCCUGUGAGAAGGAAGUUUAUAUCAUCUUCAAAUAAAGCUAAGACAGAGUUCAAGAAGACGGAAGUGAUAGUGAAAAAUUUUGCUAUAAUAAAUUCUGGUGUUUAUUUUUCUUUCUUUCAUAACAAAUGUAUGGUAUGGCAAAAGUCACCAGCCCAAACAUUAAAGGAAUCUCUUAAGGGUAUACUAGGAUACCCAGUUGCCAAUCAAUUGGAGGAAAUAUCAACUGAUAAAAAUAAGAAUUCAAUUGUACUUGUAGUUCCAAGAAAGGAUUGCAAAGACAUGGCUACUCUUUGUUUUGCUAGCGUUGAUGUCAUGAGAACAUUCAUUAACCAACGACCUGUGCGUUACAGCAAGCUACAAAAGAUUGUGUUGAAUUGUAUUGCAGAAUACUUUGGUGUCAAUUAUCCUAAUGGAAAAUACCCUAUUUCUGUGGUGAGCAUUAAAGUGGCAGCUUCUGCUGUAGAUGUCAAUAUUGAGUCAAACAAGUCGAAAGUAAUGUGUCAUGAUGAAAGUGAUUUAUUUGAAUCAGUUGAAGAGUUUUUGAGAUCGUAUUACACAUUGCCUAGCGUACAAUGUAAAACCAAACCAUCUGGACUGGAAGAAGAAAAAAAUAAAUCAUGUUCCCUCCAAUCUAAGCAACUAAUAAAUAAUGCAGUUGAACAGAUAGAUCAAACUUUAUCAGAUUGUCAAGUUGCUAUGAAAGUUCCAAACCAAAAUCCUCUACAAAAACCAGGGAAUGAAAAUCUUUGGGCUUCAGCGGAUAAAGCAAUGUCUUUAUGGAGUGUUAAAAACAUUGAACUAAAGAAUAUUAAUAAAAAUGAAAGACUGUUGGAUGUUGAAGAAAGGUCUGAAGAGUGGAAUAUAACAAAGCGACCUCGUCUUGAAGGUGAAAUAGAACAGCAGCCAAUAAAUUUUGGAUCUAAAGAGACCGAUAAUUUAAAUACAUUGGCUUUUGAUCAGCAGAAUAAUUCUGAUUGUGAUAUUGCUCAUGUAAUAAAUCCAAAUUCAGAGAAGAGACCAGUUUUGUCCAUGCAAACCAAUGAUCUCUGGGCAUCAACAGACAAGGCCAUGGGUUUAUGGAGCAGAGGCUGUGUGAAAUCAGAGUCAGGUGAUGUAAUUGAGGGAGGAGCUCAUUUACUUCAACUCAAGUGUAGCACUAGAAAUGAAUCCACAAGGAAGACCAUAGAGGCAUCAUCUGCUAAAUGCAAAUUAAAUUUGCAAUCUACAAAAUCAAGUACUUCUCAAUCAAAAAUAUUAAAUUCAUCUUUCCAUACUGUAAGCAGUCAAAUGGGAUGUAAGGAGAAAUCAGGUUUUGUGAAUUUCUGUCGUGAGAUGCGACCCAAAAUUUUAGCCGAGAAACCAGGAAUAUGUUUUACGGAGGUAGCCAGAGUUUUAUCUAACAAAUGGAAAGCAUUGUCAAGUGAAGAACAAAAUUCCUUUUCUAAGAAUGUUGAGAGUACAAAAGUCAGUAUCUCAAAUGUACAAAAUAGGUCCUUGCAUGAUAUGUUUAAAACACACAAAAAAAAGAAAAUUAUGAAAUCAACUACUUUCCAAGUUUUGGCAAAUGACUGGAAAAUUUCACAAGCCAAGAUAGACACUUCAUUAGCUGAUAAUUCUAUGACAUUUGCAAAACAAGAGUUGUUUUAUAUGCUGCCAAAAGGAAUAUGGAUUUGCAGAAUAGGUAAAGAAGUUGGAAUUGUUCAUCCGUGGUGUUUACAAGAAACAAUCAUCUACAAACAAUUGAUGGAAAGUCAGUCUGUACCUGUAAUUCUCCUGGAUAAACCUUUAUUGAUUAAGAAAGAAGAAUUAGCUCCUGAAUUGUGGCAGGCUGUUACUGAUUUGGAAGUUGAGAAGACAAGCUCUAAUACUUUUCAAGUUGUUUGCCCAAUUGUGAUAAAAAAUGGAUUUAAUCUUGCAUGGGAAAAUGGAGAACUGUAUAUGACUCAUGUGGCAUCCACUAUUCGACAUUAUGGCAUAAGAGAACUUGAAGAGAUUUUAACAUUAAUGAAAGAUUCAUCACAACUUUCACAUUGCCGGCCGGUGAAAGUUGCAGCAUUGUUUGAGAAUCAAGCAGUUCGCUACUCCAGUGAGAAGCAGCCAAUCAUUGCCAGAAAAGAAAUGAUGAAACUCUUGGAAUUGUGGAGUACUGGGGAGGAUCAAUUUUGCCUUCAUCAAAAACCAAUUUUCAGGCCGUUAAAUACUUUACCAAAAACUAGUCCACCUGAAUUUUCUUGAAAUUGCAGUAAUUUAGAUUAUGAUAACGUCCUAUCAGGUUACAGGACAGCUGUUGUUGACCUUCAUUGUCAUUCUGUGAUAUCAGCCGAGAAGAAAGCUGACACAUAGCGUACAGUAAAAAGGGUGUUCGUCCUUUUUGUAUAUGUUUACUAUACUAUGAAUUUUUUUAUGAAAAUAAAGGAGGAUUAUGAUCUAUAUUGAUUUAUUAUAUGAAU